AUGGAAUGCUGGAAUUACCUGUCUGCUGACUGCUGUGCGAGCCUAUCCUUAGAAAGUAAUCACAUAUUGAAACCUAUCUGCGUCGAUGAACCAGUGAAACAUGCAUUGCAGAAGCCAUGGUUCCAUGCCGGAUCAAUUAAAAAAAUAANAAGCCGUUUCUUGGGUUGCAGUCGGCAAUCCCUGCUGGAUUAUAUCACUGUUCAACUAGCUCCACGUGCUGCUGAUGAGCUUUGGAAUGGUGAAGGUCAGCUGAGUACAAUAUGGGCGGAGGCAGCUGAUAAUGCUAGAUCAGCAGCACGAGCCUUUGUUCUGGGUGGCCUGUCUGAUAAGCAUUAUGGAUUAUCCAACUUCUGGGUAGCAGAUCGAAUUAAUGAAAUUGAUUCUGAGGCAUUGCAGAUUGUGAACUCGAGUUAUGAGCGUGCAAAAGAGAUCCUGCAACGAAACCAUAAACUUAUGGAUGCUGUGGUAGAUGAGCUUGUCGAGAAGAAAAGUUUGACGAAACAAGAGUUCUUUCAUCUCGUUGAGUUGCAUGGCUGCAUACAACCCAGGCCACCCAGUAUACUCGACCUGAGGGCUGCCAAACGUGCACAAUUUCAAGAACAGAUGAUUACCCAGGAUGCAUCAUCUGUCGGGAGCAAUGCGUGAGCGAGUUGCUUAAUCUUCAAUUUGGGGAGAGUAACAUGUGACCCUGAACUCGGCUUUUGGAAGGGCUGCAUAUCGAUGACAUGGAAUGCCGGAAUUACCUGUCUGCUGACUGCUGUGCGAGCCUAUCUUUAGAAAGUAAUCACAUAUUGAAACCUAUCUGUGUCGAUGAACCAGUGAAACAUGCAUUGCAGAAGCCAUGGUUCCAUGCCGGAGCAAGUUUAAUAACGUGCCAGCCUAUCUUUUGAAGUCCUCUCAUUUUCGGGCUCACUCUGUCAUUUACAGAUGCAUUUUACGCUGAAAUAUAAUUAAAUAUUAUACUAUUCCAUUUUUGGAGUUAAAAAAAAAAAAAAAAAAAAAAUACUUAUUUCUGAUCCUUGUAAGUUCCUUAGAUUUUUUGGUAGGAGCCUGGUGCUAGUUAAAACAUGAUGUAUUGGCAACCAAAUCAAGAUGUAUACAAACAAAACCUCUAAGCAUAUUACGAUCCCUGGCAAAUAAUUCUUGUUUUUGGUAAUUUAAAUUAUUGU